AUGUCCCUCGAUCAGGACCAGAAAGUGGACAUUGAGGAUGUCGAGGAGGACGACAUGCCACCGCUGGUUGAUGAUUCAAACCCUAAUUACACGUUUUUCUCUGGAAUGACGCCUCUUUCUUUUACAUCGACAUCGGCGCCCACCGCCUCACAGGACAGCAAUCCACAGCCUUCUAGGUCUCUCGUUUCUAGUCUACCAGCAUCUCCUAUAACCCCAGACGAAUCGACGUCAUCAUUCUCGAUGUCCAUGUCCCAACCCCGUCCUCACGGGAAACGACGUGAUCCUUCAUAUAUCCCACGACCUCCUAACGCGUUCAUUCUCUUCCGCUGCGCGUUUAUCAAGGAGCAGAACGUGCCAGGAAAGGUCGAAGGCAACCAUAGCAGACUUUCUAAAAUUAUUGGCCUGUGUUGGAAACAACUGUCUCCUGAAGAACGAGAGAAAUGGGAAGCUAAAGCUGUUAUCGCUCAGGCUGAGCAUCGUGCCCAUUAUCCCGACUGGCGUUUCAGGCCUGGUGCGAACGCCCUUGCUAAACUCAAAAUUCAAGAUGGUACCAGCUCGGUAACGUCACGGCGACGGAGUGUCCGUAGUCGUGCGGGCAAAACUUCGGCCUCUCCUGAAGUCGAUGAUGACGACGGUGUUGCGUUGGCAGAUACCAAGGGAAAAGGGAAGGAGAAGGGCAGGGCGAAGGCAAAGUCUUCACGUAUGCUUUCCAUGGAAGAGACUCGGUGCGCAAAGAUUGCGGGAUUUGUCGCAGAGGGUAUCAGGGGCCAAGAGCUCGAAGUUGCUGUGAAGGAAUGGGAAGGAGACCAUAAGAUCCCCAAGGCGAAUCCGCGGGUAGUCAAGCCAAAAGGCCGAGCUAGCCAGGGUUCUACUGCAGGGCCUUCGCGCAAGAAGUCAAGUUCAACAACGACCGGAGUUCAGGUCUCCACCAAACAUUCCCCCAGCAACUCUCCUGAGAUUCCAUCCUUCACCCCAAACCCCUGGACACCUGAAUCCGACACCGGUGCCCAAUCUACUCUAGAGCCCUUGCCGAGUAAAACCUUGACUACCGAUGCUGCAGGGAACGGUGUCCUUUCCAGCGUACCUUUAACACACAUGUUCAAGCGUGCGCUGUCUGCCCCAUUGGCCGAUGUGCCCUUGCAGGACCAAUAUUCCCCCGGACAGUCGAAUGUCUCCUCGGCAGGUAACUCGCCAUCGUCAGCGGAGCCUAGUCCGAAUGUCCAAUGGCGUUCCUUCAGAUCUCCCAUGUCCCAAGAGCUGACCCCAAGGACUCACAAUCAUUCUCGGCGCGACACGAUCUCGAUACCAUUACAACCAAAUUCUUCUGUUGAAAUGUCCCAUCCACAACAACUCACUUGGCAGGAAGCAGAGAAUCAGCGACGAAUUGAGGAAUUGCGUGGCCCAGAUUCGUGGUGGCCCCAACGGUCAUCUUCAGAUAGCUCUCAGCUCAGUUUCUCUAAUCGCGUACACUGCCAACCGCAGACUGUCUCUGCGAGGCUCAACGACGAUGGGAUGGGAUAUGAUGCAUCUCAGGGAACAAACCAGUUCGAUCGAGGAUAUUUGGAGCGGCUCGGACAAUAUGAGCGCGUGCCAGAUGAAAGCCAACAAGUGGAAUGGAGACAUUUAAACCCUGACACAAAUCGGCAAGGUCUAGUUGCUCUCAUCGAAGACCCAUACAAAGAUGACUGUGUCGAUCCAUCUUCUGCAUCAUCCAAUUCUAUUCCAACACUGUCACUUCCAUCGCUAUCUAAUAGCAACUAUUAUCAUAGCCCUAUAUCCCCGCAGUCACCUACUACUGUUCCGUCAUCUUCUUUCUCUACACUUACAGGCUGGGCCGGCGAGUUCAGGAAUAACAAUAUGGACAUGAAACCUUGGUUAACAGAUCCCGAAACCAAUCAUCCGUCCCGAUCCUGGUACUCAGGCGAAUCUUCCCUUAGCAUGGUCACUGGCCGCCCUGAUCUCCAUCGUCCUCAGCUGGCAAUUGACCCAGACGAUUGGGACCGUAUUGAAUAUAGAACGGCGAGCGACCUUCACCUUUCCGUUGAGCCUCCUCCUCGACAAUUAGACUUCAUCGGCGAACUUCGUCGUGCUCAAGGUGGCGCAGCCUAA